GAAAAUGUCGAUCGCUUCUCUUCUAGAGUCCGGAGUGUGGACAGUGUGCAGUUGAAGUGUAGCGCAGCGAAGCGAAGAGAGCUUCAGUGCUGCAGCGAAAGUGAAUUCUGCAUUGAAUUGCAGUGCAGCUCGCUUCGCCCAGUCCAAGUCCUCCGGACAGCGCGACCCUCCGCCGACGAGAUGGCUGCCUACUCUGUGCAGGUGUUCAACGCCGGAGGGAAGUUCCGCGUCGUCAGCACCAAGCCCAUGCCCGGGAAUCAGUGGAUUCAAGCUCUUGUGAACGCCGGCUGUCGCGUCGAGGUUUGCACAUCGCAGAAGACAAUCUUGAGUGUCGAAGACAUCCUUUCUCUGAUUGGCUCCAGGUGUGAUGGUGUCAUCGGACAGUUGACUGAAGAAUGGGGUGAGACAUUAUUUUCGGCCCUGAAGAAGGCAGGGGGUCAUGCUUUCAGUAAUAUGGCUGUCGGUUACAAUAAUGUGGACGUGGAAGCUGCCAAUAAGCAUGGCAUAGCUGUUGGCAACACUCCUGGUGUCUUGACUGAGACAACAGCAGAGCUGGCUGCAGCGUUGACUCUUUCUGCAGCCCGAAGGGUCGUCGAAGCUGAUGACUUCAUGCGUGCUGGCAAAUACGAUGGAUGGCUUCCUAACUUAUUUGUUGGUAAUUUGCUGAAGGGGCAAACUGUUGGUAUCAUCGGUGCUGGACGCAUUGGAUCAGCCUACGCACGGAUGAUGGUGGAGGGUUUCAAGAUGAAUGUCAUUUACUACGAUUUGUACCAAUCUAAGUUUCUUGAGAACUUUGUCACAGCGUACGGAAACUUCUUGAAGUCUCAAGGAGAGACCCCUGUGACGUGGAAACGAGCGUCCUCGGCCGAGGAAGUGCUCAGAGAAGCCGACGUGGUGAGUCUACAUCCUGUUCUUGACAAGACCACGUAUCAUCUGAUCAACAAGGAAAGGUUGUCCAUGAUGAAAAAGGAAGCCGUUCUGGUAAACGCCAGUAGAGGACCAGUCAUCGACGAAGUAGCAUUGGUGGAACACUUGAAAGUAAAUCCAAUGUUCAGAGUUGGACUCGAUGUCUUCGAGGAUGAACCUUACAUGAAGCCAGGGCUAGGAGAACUGCCGAACGCAGUUGUGGUACCCCACAUUGCCUCAGCAUCUAAGUGGACAAGAGAAGGAAUGGCGACAUUAGCUGCCUUGAACGUUGCGGGUAAAUUACAAGGGUUCCCUGUCUGGCACAACUCCAACAUGGUUCUCCCUUUCUUGGAUGAAAACUCACCCGCUCCCAAAGCUUGCCCCAGUAUAGUGAACGCGAAAGUCUUGGGACUCCAAGUGGCAGCUCCUGUCUCGAAGAUGUAAAGCAGAAUACUGCAAGUGCAACAGCCUUGUAAAAAGUUCGGACAAACGCAUUUAGCUACAAGUAUGUCAGCAGCUCUCACAACAUCCAAAUAGGGUCGAACGUCAAUUUUCGCAGCUUAUAAGUAGUUGUAAAUUUGUGUAUUUUUAUCAAGACAAGCUUGUAGCGUAGCGUCUGAUUUGGUUCUUGAUGUAGAAGAACCAAAUGGCCUGGCCGUAGCCAUGUCAUGGCAUGGCAAGCCUCCUAUAUAGCUAGCUAGCUGUAGAGCUUUUGAUGACCGUCUCAUUUUCGACCAGCGCAUGUUGAAAUCUGUUGCCACUACUCAACACACUUACGACGUUCAUUCUAAUGUUACAUGAGAAGUACGAUUUGAAGAAAUCCGUUCUGU